AUGGUCGGACGGACUGCGGGGCUCUUUGGGUCUAGCUCUGGGAUUUGCGUGUUCCGCGGAGGGCACAAAUUGCCCAACAUGAGCCCGCGGUUGGUCGAUGCGUUGGAAGCACUCCACUUCAUUACAAUCGGCAGGCCCGUCGCUCAUGCGAGUGACCCUGUUCGAUUGAAACACAAAUGCUUCUACUGGAAGCACUCAAGGAUGCCAGGUCCAGUGAAACUUGUUCCCAUAACAUGGAUGCUCAUUCGCGCACUACGCAUGCGUAUUGGCAAGACGGGCACAUUCUACGUUUGGAGUGUAAAGGCCCUGACUGCGAUUCUGGGCGCGGCCCCCAAAAGCGGAAUGCGCAUUGACCUACUCGCAUCUUUUUUAAAUGAGGACAAUUGCAUCCGCGGCACUUGGCUACUUGGCAAUGAAAAGGUGGUUGGUAAAACAAUGGUCGCUUCAGGGCUCUUGACGUUCGAAACAAUCGCAUCUCUCCGAGGCAUUUCGAUUAGGACGGUCUCCGAUGUCGAGGCGCUAUACACAUCCGUUGAAUCUUUGACGCGAGCCGACAGCCUCAGUCCAGUAGUGAAGGCAACAGCUGUACUGCCGAAACUCGUCGGAUACAGUCUCGCAACGCGAAUGUACGUGGAGGACUUGUCCUUGGGUGCCCACAUCGCCAUGGCAUCCGGCAUCGUGGAUGAUGUGCUGUCUGAUCGUGGUAAUCUGACCAAUGGAAUGCAUUUGAUUCAGGAGACACUGCUGAACGCGGAAACCAGUGUUGCUGCCAGUGGAACGUUGAGAGUCGCGCCUGUUGCGGCCCGCGAGACCGUGAGGCAUGCUUCACCAUCUCAGGCGCCUGCCACGACGUCGGCUCCACUAGCAACGCCGGAUGCCACUCGAGGCUCUUCGACGGAGCUGACCGAUGUCAUCGUGAGGUCUCUGAUAGCAUUGAGCGUGGGCACUGAGAUAUCAGAUGACGUGCCGCUCAUGGAAGCCGGAAUCGACUCCCUUUCUGCAUCAGAAGUAGUGUAG